AUGCCUUCAAACCGUGCGGCCUGGCAAGACGAAGCUGGGAUCAAGCUAUCGAUCCGGUCAACACCCUACGAGACUGAACUUGUCGCAAACCAGAUCUUGGUCAAAGUUCAAGCCUGGGCAAUCAACCCCUGCGACCACAUGCUCCAGGAUGUGGCCCUCCCCUUCGUCAAGUACCCCGUGAUCCUAGGCGAAGACAUCGCCGGCACGGUGGUGUCCACCGGCAGUUCAGCAGCGACACGUUUCAAACCCAACGACCGUAUCCUCGCCUUUGCAAAGGGCACGACAGGCGGACCCACAAUGGGCGGGUUCCAGGAGUAUGUGGUCGUUGACGCUGACACGGCCAGUCCCAUUCCGAAGUGGAUCAGUUUCGCUGAGGCGAGCGUGUUCCCGCUUGCGAUAUACUCGUCUGCGCAUGCGCUGUUCUCGAGUCAGAUGCUCGGACUACCGCUGCCACAGGUCGAGAAGACUGAAAGUGAUAGCAGGAAGUAUCUACUUGUUUGGGGCGGUAGUUCUGCGCUAGGAAGCAAUGCGAUCCAGAUGGCGCGUGCGGCUGGAUUGGAUGUGCUGAGCACGGCGUCGGAGCGCAAUUUUGAGCAUGUUGAGAAGCUGGGCGCCAGCAUGGCGUUUGAUUACUUGAGCGAGAGCGUCGUCGACGAUAUCGUCGCAGAGCUGGAUUCCCGAGAUCCUGGGUUGUGCGCAGGCAUCUUCCACGCAGCAGGAAAUGUCGAACCAUGCCUCCAGAUAGCAGCUAAAACAAAGGCGGGCCCAUUUGUGGCAUCUUCAGGUCCAAUUCCGGAGGAUAAAGUGCCCAAUGGCGUGCGAGCAAAGAUGGUUUUCGGGAGUCAGGAUGACAUUGUGUGCAAGAUAUAUGAGGACUUUCUGCCUCGCGCGCUGGCGGAACGCAGGUAUGUUGUUGCACCGGAGCCGUUGAUAGUCCAGACCAAGGGGCUGGAGGGCAUUCAGGAGGGUUAUGAGGUGUUGAAGAAGGGAGUAUCGGCGAGGAAGGUGGUUGUUGAGGCCGAGUAG